AUGCAGCGUUCUUUAGUAACAAGCAGUAAAAAAACUCUUUCGACUUCUCAAACAUCCUCAUCAGAUGAAUCAAAAAAUACAACAACAAAAAUGGUCGAUCCAUUUGAAAAACGUCUUAAUCAUAUACGUAUUUAUAUUUUAAAUAAUAAUAAAAAACAACGACAUAUUAUACCACGUGAACCAACACUUGUUUUCGAGAAAUUUCUUUAUUUAGGUGGUUUAAAAUCAUUACAAGAUAAAGAUCGUCUUGAUCAUCUCAAUAUAACUCAUAUUCUAUCAGUUGUUUGGAUUCGACCAAGAAUACCUAUUCGUUCUCAUAUCAAGCAUAUGUUUAUCAAAGCUGAUGAUACAAUUUCAUUCGAUAUGUCGCCACAUUUCGAACAAGCAUGUCAAUUUAUUGAUGAAGCACGACAAUUGAAUAGUUGUGUACUGGUUCAUUGUGCUUGUGGAGUAUCACGAUCAACAACAAUGUGCUGUGCAUAUUUAAUGAAAUAUCAUUCCAUGUCUGUUGAACAAGCAAUGAUUCAUCUUCGUUCACGUCGUCAUAUUGUCCAACCAAAUACUGCUUUUCUUCGUCAAUUAAUUCAUUAUAAUGAACAAAUCGAAUGUGAUAAAACAACAAUGAAUACAGUUCUUGAACAAUCAGAGAAUGUCUAA